GCAGGGAACUUUCCAUCAUUGUAGUAUAACAUACAAAAGACUAAACUGUUUUGACUAUACAGCCGAGAAUUUUCAAUACUUCACUAUUAUUACAAUCCGAAAAUUCACUGUCUCUCGGUAAUAAUGUUUCUUGCAAGUCAUGGAAGUUGGAGCUAUUGCCUAUGCAGGCCCACCGAAAGGGGGCAGUCUAUUGUUUGUUCCCAUUAAAGAAAAACAACUUCGGAGGACAGAAACGAUGAGGUGCAACAGCCACAAUACCAUAUACGAAUAGAUGUGUCUCGCCUUCCCCCACAGCAGGGGAAUUAGAGAGGGGGCGAAUUGUACUCACUACAUGAAAAUAAUAUACUUGAAUUCAGCAUUUUGAAAUGUAUUGGAACGUAUCUUUUCAUUUAACCCAUACCUGUAACUUUGUUCUUUUCUGCAAAACUACCCAUGGUCUUUCUGGCAAAAUGCGCAUACUUUAAACAUCAGAAAUAUAACCAGAAACCUAUUUUUGUAUCCUACUAUCUUGGCCAAAAUCCUGUAUUCACAAUAAGCCCAUUCUCUGGAAUCAUUUACUAGGCCUUUUGCGCACAAUGUGCAUGAGACUGUUCCCCCAAUUUUAUUGUCACUGAUGUAUAUGGAACUAAUUGACAAGAAUGUACUCGAUAUGAUUAGAGUACAUGCAUUAUUCAUCUUCGUGACUGCAUCAUUUGUGUUUUAACUAACGCUUUGACAAAACGAAAAUUCUCACUUCUCUCUGCUAUCCCGUCCUCAGGCCAAUUGGAAACUGUGGCACAUGCGCCCUGAUAGGCAAUUCACUGGUUUCAGUCUCCUCCCCUGUCCGUACCUUUAAAGGCCCCUUUCUAGCUCCAUUUCUAAAAUAUUAACUCUUCGAUGUUAGACAAUCCUCCUUGACAACUGUUCGUAGUCACGACGUGAUUCGUUUAACACCUUAAGCACAACGUGUUUUCUUAUUUAUUGAUUAAUGUUAAGAAAAGGUGGCGCCGUUUCUUCUAAUGAUAAAGACGAGACAAUUGUGUGAUCUAUGGUAAUGUUCAAGUACAUGAUGCAAGUUUAAGAGAUUAUAUAACAUUAUUUAAUGGGGUAUAAACCGCUAUUAGUUAAAUUACAAUUGACAGUUAAAAAGUUGAGUUUAAGUAACUGGGUAAAGAAGCUUAAUCAAUUGCACCAAAACAUUUUUGUUUACAUUUUUCGUGGUUUAAAUCUGAGUUCUGUUCUACAGAAUCAAAACAAAACUGAACUAUCCUCAAUCCGUCUGCAGUUACGUAAAUCUGUGCAUUUAAAAUUAGACUUUCAUUUGGAAAGUGAAAGGCAGAAAAUUGUUGCCAGAUCUCCGUGCAUCAGUUGUAUUGAAAUGUAAUGGUGACUGCGCACACCAUUUUCUAUCAUUUCAAAAUGCAGAAAAGUUCAAGGAUGCGGAUGAUUUAUAAAUGCAGAUUUUUGCAGAGUGCGAACAGACUGUUCCUACAUUCAGGAGGGGAGUUGAUUUUAAUUUCAAAGAAAUGGACACUUUGACGCUUGUUCUUGACCCUGAGGAUUUCCAAGCGGUGAAGCCGUGUCCCGGGCACAAGGAACGAAGGAGUUAAUGUAAAGUGAACCGAAUUGUAAGAACUUGGUUGCCUAGGGAACGAUUCUGACCGUUCCAUCCCAGCGAGACCAAUGGCCAACCCAGCCGCGGGGGAGACCAGCGCACCGCGCUCUGCCUUCGCUCCUCAAACCUGAUUUUUUUUCCUCCUCUGAGCGCGAGUAACUGGCCCGCACUCGCAGCCCCAACUGCUUCUGGGCAAAACAUGAGGUUUGAGUUCUGGCAGUGAGUUUCUUUCUCUGUUUCUAAUUUCCGGGGACACCCCCGCGAUGGAGAAUGCUGCGCGCCUGCCAAGUUGGUUUGAAAAGAUCAGACAAAGGCCGCAGGAAGCCCUCCGGCUGCCGGGCGUGAGAGCUCCGAUGGGGGCUGGGAGGGCAGCGCUGACUCCAACAACACACGUCUGCCGGGCCGGGAGGAGGGGGGAGACUUUUUCGGGGGGGGAUUUCGACGUGAUGCGAGGCUAGGCUGAGGGAGGCGGCGGGGCCGAGUGGCGGAGCCGGCCCUUUGUGAUGCGCCGGGCCGCCGGGGCCGGCCGCUCCAAUCCGACUGCGCAACCAGGCGGGUCACGUGACGCGGCGCCGGGAUCGCGGGCGGAUCGAUUGGCGGAGGCGGCGGCGGCGGCGGCGGGGGGAGGGGGAGCGGGCGGAGAGGCGGCGGGCCGGCCGGCGGGCAGCAGCGCGGAAACAUGGAGACGCACAUCUCCUGCCUCUUCCCCGAGAUCCUAGCCAUGAUCUUCAGUUAUCUGGACGUGAGGGACAAAGGGCGAGCGGCGCAAGUGUGCACGGCUUGGAGGGACGCUGCCUACCACAAAUCCGUCUGGAGAGGGGUGGAAGCCAAGUUGCAUCUGAGGAGAGCCAACCCUUCCCUUUUCCCCAGCCUGCAGGCGAGGGGCAUCAGGCGGGUGCAGAUCCUCAGCCUUCGGCGCAGCCUCAGCUAUGUGAUCCAAGGCAUGCCCAACAUCGAGAGCCUGAACCUGAGCGGCUGCUACAACUUGACGGACAUCGGCCUGGGGCACGCUUUCGUGCAAGAGAUCCCGUCCCUGAACGUGCUGAACCUGAGCCUCUGCAAGCAGAUCACGGACAGUAGCCUGGGUCGGAUCGCACAGUAUCUCAAGAAUCUGGAGGUGCUGGAGCUGGGCGGCUGCAGCAAUAUCACCAACACAGGCCUUCUGUUGAUCGCCUGGGGCUUGCACAGACUCAAGAGCUUGAAUUUGAGGAGCUGCCGGCAUGUCUCGGAUGUAGGAAUCGGCCAUUUGGCAGGCAUGACUAGAAGCGCUGCGGAAGGCUGCUUAAACCUGGAAUAUCUGACUUUACAAGACUGCCAGAAACUCUCCGAUCUCUCCUUAAAACACAUCUCCAAAGGCCUGACCAAACUCAAGGUACUCAACUUGAGUUUCUGCGGUGGGAUUUCAGACGCGGGUAUGCUGCAUCUUUCACACAUGACGAGUUUGUGGAGUCUCAACCUAAGGUCCUGUGACAACAUCAGCGAUACCGGCAUCAUGCAUUUGGCCAUGGGCAGCUUGAGACUGAGUGGGUUGGACGUUUCCUUUUGCGAUAAGAUAGGCGAUCAGAGCCUGGCUUACAUCGCGCAAGGCUUAUAUCAGCUCAAAUCUCUUUCCCUUUGCUCCUGCCACAUAAGUGAUGACGGCAUCAACAAAAUGGCCCGGCAGAUGCACGAAUUAAGGACCCUAAAUAUCGGCCAGUGUGUGCGGAUUACAGACAAAGGACUGGAGCUCAUAGCUGACCAUUUGACCCAGCUGACGGGCAUUGAUCUCUAUGGCUGCACAAAAAUCACCAAAAGGGGUUUGGAAAGAAUAACGCAAUUGCCCUGCCUUAAAGUUCUUAACUUGGGACUCUGGCAGAUGACUGAAAGUGAAAAAGGGGAGCUCGUCAAUUGAAGACUCAUCGAUUCCCGAGGACUGAUUGCCUGUAAAAGGGCCAUGAUGCAGAGACAGGCAGUUGCUGAAGGAAAAAGAGAGGAAAAAAAUAUCCUGCUGAUCAACCUAUAUUUGAAUUGUACUGUAUGUGAAUUUGUAAAUGAUACUUAAACGUUUUAUAUUCUUACAGUAAACGUUAAAAAAGCUGAUAUUUAUAUAAUAAAGACGGGAAAAUAUGAAGUAUGUUUUGGAAAAAAAAGACAAGUGUCAGUGCCCCCAUUGUGUGAUCAUUUUGAAAAGUACGGUGGUGGAAGUGGGCCAAUGGCGCCUUGUCAGUGACGAGAUGCAAUCGAGGGCAGCUUUGUGGAGCGCAGCGCUGAUCAGGUUUCCUCUUCACCCGGAUGGUGUUGCUCUCUCUACAUUUAGACACCGUAUGCUGCGACUUUCCAGAUGAUUUCUGGCGCAUUUUACUGAAGGGGGAAGCAGUAGCAGCAGGGAGGUUGAUGGGCAGGGCGAGCCUGGCGCUGGCGCUGCAUUGUUGGGUAAAGUUAAAAAGCUACAGCACUCGCCUUUUCUGCCUGCCCACUCAUGCAUACCAAAUAGCUGAGUGUGCGGCUCCCCCAGGAUCCUCGGCCCGUCCGCCUGCCCAUGCUGUUUUUUUUAGCAUUCCUGUCCAUUUCUGAGUGCGCUUAAUCAGCUUUUCAAGCAGA